AUGUCUUUGGAUUUCAUCCUUACCAGAGACUUUCUUUUUCGAUACGUUUCAUUUUCUCUCUUCUUUGAGCCUUUUCUUCAUUUUCUAAUUCUUUUCUUCUUUCUAUAUUUCGUCUUUUCUUUUUUCUGUUUUUCUUUCGUUCUUUCUAUACUGCUUUCUCUUAUUUUAUUCCUUAUUUUUUACUUUAUUCUUUUCUUUUUUUCUUUUUUCUCAAUUUCUUUCUUCCCCCGUUUCUCGUUUGUCCUUAAUUUAACUUGCUUCCUUACAGUCUUUCUGUUUUGUUUAUAUUUUACAUUUCUAAUUACUUCAUCUCUGCGUUUCAGUGUUCUUUCUUUCUUUUCAUUUCUUUCUUCAUUUCUUUCUUUCUUUCUUUCUUUUCCUUUCUUUCUUCAUUUCUUUCUUUCUUUCUUUAUUUAUUUCGUUCGUUCUUUCUUUCUUUUUUUGUUUAUUUCUUUUGUUCUUUCCUUUUUUCAUUUCUUUCUUUCUUUCCUUUUUUCAUUUCUUUCUUUCGUUCUUUCUUUUUUCAUUUCUUUCUUUCAUUCAUUAUUUCGUUUUUCAUUUCUUUUCUUUUUUUGUGAGAGAGAGCCCAACGGCUGUAAUCAGAUUAGACUUUCUCUUGCUUACAGUAUUGACAUUGUUUCCUCUUUUGCUUUCUUCGCUUCAUUUUUGUCACAGAAAUAA